AUGGCCAGCUCCAAUGAAAGGCCUUUUGUUUCAUUUGAGAGGUCGGUGAAGAAGAAGGUGGUCAUAGAAGGAUUCCAUGAAGCUGGUAGAGGCAGUACUGAGCCUGACAUUAUAGUCAACGAGCGAGAAAGAUCUGUGGUGAUCACAGAGACAUCAGUGACCUGUCCACAGUGGUUGCUGCCCACACUAUGUGAGCCAGAAACCCCUCAACCUGGAACAAAGGCAAUAGACAAGGUUCCAACAAUUCUGCGGGACAUUGAAAAGCACAAGGGUUGCUUUGAUCCAUUGAUGGUUUCCAUAGGUCCUUAUCACCAUGGGAACCUAAAGUUUGCACGAGCGGAGAAGGUCAAGGCUUCAUUAGCAGCAAAGAAGUUCACUGAGGGAAAGUUCGAAAAAUUAGUCAAUUUUGAAGAGGUGUCUCGCAACGCAAAGGAAUGUUAUGAAAAGAGUUCGACGGCAAGUUUUAGUGAUGAUAAAUUCACACUCAUGAUGUUCCAGGACGGUUGUUUUGUACUCCAUUUCAUUGAUUGCAUCGUCAAUGGCAGACCCAGUGAUACAAUGAUGAAGACUGAUCAAAUAGUUUUUGUAUCAACGGACUUGUUUCUUCUGGAGAACCAACUACCCUUUCCGGUUCUUGAGUCAUUGAUGAGCAGCUUCAAACCCAGUAAAGGUGAAUGGGGAGAUCUAAUCAGCGAAUUUGUAACCAAUCAACUUAAGCUCAAUAAGACAUCAUCUCGAGAGAAGGCACUUAAUCCCCAAAGCACAAAAUCUCCACAGAAGUUUGAUAAACCUGCUCACCUCCUUGACAUACUCCACAAGAAGCUCAUUGGUGAAGAGGAAAAGCCUGAAUCUUCAGGAAAAAAAAAGAAGCCCAUUGACGAUGACGAUUUGCACUCAUUUCGUUCAGUCGUUGAGCUUAAGAAAGCAGGGAUCAAGUGCAAGAAGAGCAAGAGUGGGAGCUUAAGAGAUGUUAAGUUUGAAGAUUACUGUAUCCGUGGACAACUGUUCCUUCCUCAUCUUGUCAUUGAUGAUUUAACAAAGUCAUCACUCUUGAACUUGGUAGCAUAUGAAGUAAGCCCUGAUGGUCCAAGUGACUAUGCGGUCACCUCAUACAUUGUUUUACUGGAUUCACUUAUUGAUCAUUCCGAAGAUGUGAAGGAGCUGAGAUCUGAGGGCAUACUCAAAAAUUUACUUGGCAGUGACCAACAAGUAGCUGAUCUAUUCAAUGAAUUGGCUAUCCACUUAAUGCCAAGCCCUUCUGAAUAUCUCAUAGUUAAGGGAAAUAUUGAAAAGUUCUACCGCAAGAAAUUUCCUAUAUGGAUGGCCGAGCUUUGGCAUACAUAUUUCAGUAGCCCCUGGAAAACUAUUGCCUUCUUUAUUGCAGGUAGUAUCAUCCUUCUCACCUUUGCACAGACCUACUUCUCCAUAUUCCCCAGGGAAGGAGGAGGAGGCGAAGGAGAACGGAAAGCUCCAACUGCCUCAAGGAAAAUUCACUACAUUUAA